GGGAGAACUUCUGCAUUUGAGUGUAGGUCUGUCUAUCUCCGUCUUCUAGGAUUUGAACGAGAAUUUUAGGUAUAAAUAUAUGGAUUUGGUUAUUAUUAGGAUUUAAAGCACUUCAAACGCUAGAUUAAAAUGAAAUAUUGGUAUUUUAAGUGAAGUGGACGACGUGAUUAAUGCAUUCGUGCCCUCUGUGCACAUGUGUCUCCUGACGUUUGACGGAGAAGUUGUAUUCCUGUUUGACAAACUUGUGUGUUGAGAGAUGGAACCAGGAGCUAAGAUGCACAUGAAAGAAUGGCUGAUAGCCCAGAUAGAGAGUGGCAAAUAUGAAGGACUGUGCUGGGAGGAUGAAGACAGAACAAUGUUCAGGAUUCCGUGGAAGCACGCAGCCAAGAAAGACUACAAACAGACCACGGAUGCAGCUCUCUUUAAGGCCUGGGCUGUGUACAAGGGAAAGUACAGAGAGGGGAGGGACAGAGCCGACCCAACCAUGUGGAAGACCCGUCUUCGAUGUGCUCUAAACAAGAGCUCAGACUUUAAGGAAGUCCCUGAACGCAACCAGCUGGACAUCACUGAGCCUUACAAAGUCUACCUUAUUGUUCCCGAUGGAGGGCCAACCAAGCCAGCAGAGUCUCAGCUGACAAAGGAUGAAGUGAACAUCUCAGCAAAGAGGUCUCCAAGGCACCCUGGUUUCAUGGAAAAAAAGCUUCACCAUCAAAAUGAAUCAUUUCAAACAACAAAAGAAGAAGCAAAACUACUGACUGAUGAACUGAUGAGGGAGCACUUAUAUUGUGAGCUUGCAAGAAACAAACCUCAAAAUCAAGUCUCUGCUCAAAUAAACUUCCUUGGCCCUUCUUUGCCAAUAACAGACUUUCGUAUGCAGGUAAUUCUGUUGUACCACGGCCAGAGGGUGAUGAAAGUGACCACCAGGAGCCCAGAUGGGUGUUUCAUCCUGCAGGGCAGCGUCCCUGUGGGAAACGCGAAGAUCUACGGGCCCUGCACCGUGCAGCAGCUCUCCUUCCCCUCUCCGGCAUCCGCAUCCCUGCCCUCUUGUUUGGUUGAAGCAAUGAACCGCCUCCUUUGUCAUCUGGAGAGGGGGGUGCUAUUAUGGGUGGCUCCCGAUGGGGUCUUCAUCAAGCGGUUCUGCCAGGGCAGGGUGUACUGGAGCGGUCCAACGGCCCCGCACACAGACAGGCCAAACAAACUGGAGAGAGAAAAGACCUUUAAACUGCUUGAUACACCCACAUUUCUAAAUGAACUCCAGAGCUGUUUACAGGGGAAGGGGCCCACACCUUCAUAUGAGAUUGAGCUCUGCUUUGGCGAAGAGUAUCCAGACACAGGUGUACCUAAAAACAGGAAACUGAUCAUGGCUCAGGUUGUGCCCUUGUUUGCUGCGGAGUUGCUGAAGAGGUUCAACUUGGGAGAAAUCAAGGAGACACAGCUUACUCUUAGUGCCGACACACGGGGAGAAGAUGGGAGAGGUGUGGAGAGCAGUCCUGAAACAGGGGAAUGACGAACAACUUAGGAAAUGAUAGUUCUUUUUUGUCUUUGUCCUGACAAGAAAAUCUAAAAACAGAGCAAAAGAUACAAGGACUUGUCAGCUAAUAUGUUAAUAUUUAACACCUAAAGAAUAAAGCUGCAGUUUAGCUUUUAUUGCAGUGCUUUAGUAAAAGUUAAUCCCCUCUUUUUUACCUUAGAUUGAUGUUUAUUCCUGUUUCCCAUGUAGCAAGAAGAGCAAGUUCCUGUUUGAGCAAAAGGCUUGUUUGCACCUUUAAAACAUGCUAAUAACAUGCUUAUAAUGUACAACAAUAUCCUCCAAUCUAAUACCGAGCACAUUCAAAAAUUUAUCAUGUAGGCAAUUGAUAACACAUGGAGAAAAUAAAUUGAC